AUGGUUCAUCUGCCUCGCUGCCACUCCUGUGUGGGACUUUGCAGCCACAAGAAGAGCUGCCCCAGCAUCACAGAGGACAACCAAGAAUGCUUAUCCAAUGGCACCACAAGACCUCAGGAUGCCUCCUACUACUACGCAGAUUUCACCGGUCCGUUUGGCUCGCUCUACAUCACAGAGGGAGAGAGUGAAGGAGUGAAUGAGAAACAUGAGGUUUUACAGAUUGAAACAGCAUCCAAGAAAUGGGUUUCUCAAGACAAACCAAUCAGCUGCAAUGACAUCUUCAAACCCUUUCAGGAACCUGGACGGGACAGACAAAAUCCAGAAAUCAGAACUAUACUCACCAAGGGCAUUGCUGGAAUUGGAAAAACAGUCUCUGUGCAGAAGUUCAUUCUGGACUGGGCAGAAGGAAGGACCAAUCAGGACAUUGAUUUCAUGUUGGUUCUUCCUUUUAGAGAACUGAACUUGGUUAAAGAUGAACAGUUCAGUCUUCAUGGACUCCUGCUAGAGUUUCACCCAGAGCUGAAAGACUUGGAUCCAGAGAAAUAUAAUGACUGUAAAAUGCUGUUCAUCUUUGAUGGUUUAGAUGAGAGUCGACUUCAGUUGAAUAUUCCUGAGAGGCUGUGUGAUGUGACCACAACAUCAUCAGUGAAUAUUCUGAUAUCAAACCUCAUCAAAGGAAAUCUUCUUCCCUAUGCACUCAUCUGGAUAACCUCCAGACCAGCAGCAGCCAGUCAGAUCCCCUCUCAGUUCAUCAGUCGUGUGACAGAAGUCCAAGGAUUCAGUGAUUCACAGAAAGAGGAUUACUUCAGAAAAAGAGUCAGUGAUGAGAGUCAAGCCAACAGAAUCAUCUCACACAUCAAGACAUCAGUGAGUCUCCACAUCAUGUGUCACAUCCCAGUGUUCUGUUGGAUUUCAGCCACUGUGCUUCAGGAAAUGCUGCGUCAAGACAAUGUUAAAGAGAUCCCUAAAACUCUGACUGAGAUGUACACACACUUCCUGCUCAUUCAGACUAAAAUGAAGAAGCAGAAAUAUGCAGAGAAAAUUGAGACAGACUCAAAGAAUCCUCUGGAAUCAAGCAAGGAGAUCUUUCUGAAACUUGCUAAACUGGCUUUUAAUCAUUUACUGAGGGGCAAUAUCAUGUUUUAUGAAGAGGAUCUGAGAGAAUGUGACAUUGAUGUGAGUGAGGCCACAGUGUACUCUGGGAUUUGUACUGAGAUCUUUAAGGAGGAAUCUGUGCUUCGUCAGAAGAAGGUCUACUGCUUUGUGCAUCUGAGUGUUCAAGAGUUCUUUGCUGCUCUCUAUGUGUUUUACUGCUAUGUAAACAAGAACAUGGAGGCACUGGAGUAUUUUCUGCAGGAAAAGACCAGAGUGGAGCCAAACAAUGUUCCCUUGGAUAUGUUGCUGAAGAAAGCUGUGGAUAAAUCUUUGGAGAGUAAAGAUGGACGUCUUGAUCUGUUUGUCCGCUUCCUUCAUGGCAUCUCACUGGAGUCCAACCAGAAACUCCUACGAGGCCUGCUGACACACACACAGAACAACCAGAAGAGCAUCAAGGAAAUAAGCCGUUACAUCAAAGAGUUAAAUAAAUAUGGUGUCCUGCCUGAGAGAUGGAUCAGUCUACUGCACUGCCUGACUGAAAUAAAUGAUCGCUCUCUCCAUGAAGAAAUUCAAGCUUUUGUCAAGUCUGGAAAUUACAGAACUGAACUCUCACUUGCACACUGCACAGCACUGGCCUACAUGUUUCUGAUGUCAGAGGAGGUGCUGGAUGAGUUUGACCUGAAGAAAUACAACACAUCAGAUGAGGGUCGUAGGAGACUGCUCCCAGCUGUGAGGUGCUGCAGAAAAGCUCUACUUCCUGGCUGUAAACUCACUGAACAGUCCUGUGAAGCUGUAGCCUCAGUUCUACAGUCAGUAAACUGUCCCCUGAGAGAGCUGGACCUGAGUAACAAUGACCUUCGGGAUUCAGGAGUGAAGUUGCUCUGUGUUGGAUUGAGGAAUUCACACUGUAAACUGGAGAUACUGAGAUUGUCUCUAUGUUUAGUGACAGAGGAAGGUUGUUCUUCUCUGGCUUCAGCUCUGAGUUCAAACCCCUCACACCUGAGAGAACUGGAUCUGAGCUACAAUCAACCAGGAGUCUCAGGAAUAAAGCUGCUCUCUGACAGAAAGAAGGAUCCACACUGUCAACUGGACACACUCAAUGUGGAUCAUGGAGUGAUAGUUAGAAAACGACAAGAACUAACAGAAUUUGUUAAGAGCAGUGUUUACAAAUCCAUCGGCUGUGAGGGCAUGGAGAAGCCAGUGUUUUUCUUCAGUCAGCAGAGGGCGUCAUGCUCACACCUGAAACUGAGUGAAAGUGCAGAUGCUGUCACCUAUGAAACAAUCAAUCAUUAUGAUCAGGUGUCCCCCACUGACAAUAAUAAACAAGACACAGGAACUGUGACCUACACUGAAGUUUCUAGAAUCAACAAAACACACAACAAACCACACAAGCCUGAGGACAGUGUGACAUACGCCACCAUCAGGACGACUGAAGAACUGCAGCAGGGUGCAGACAGCCAAGACCCCAGCAACCUCUAUGCAUGUGUCAAUUAG